AUGGAGUAUAAAACUCGAUGUCGUACUUGUUUGGGCAGUGAGAAAGAUAUGCGUAUCAUACAUUCGACUAUAAGAAUAGCCGGAGAAGAUGUCUCUCUCACAGAAAUCUUACAGAAAUUUUAUAAUUUUAAGGUCCCUUCAGAUCCGACGUAUCCCGAGAAUAUCUGCAUCAACUGUGUCCAUCAGCUAACUAUAACAUAUUCCUUCAAAUUACUCAUAGAAUCUAGUUCAAAAACAUUGUUGAAUAGCCUUAACCUACUGGAGUCGACCAGUGACAAUUACGACUGCACCUUUGAAUCUGAUGAUCAAAAGCCAAAUUCCCAUAUAAAAGUGAAAAAUAGACCUAUUAAGAAGGUAGACCCAAUAGAAGAAGAGAUGAGAUUGCUCUUUUGUGUGGAAUGUAAAGCAGAGUUCCAUUCGAUUAAAUCACUCAACGAACACUGCGCAAGACAUCAUCCAACGAAAUCAGACGUUGGAAGAGAUUGUGAUUAUUGUAAUGAAAAAUUUGAGGAUUUCCGAUCUUUAGUCUUGCAUAGAAAGUUACACCUGAAACCGUACUUGUGCGAGAACUGCUGGGAAGGUUUCUACAGUGGUGAUGAGCUCAAUUCACACUCCUGUCAACCAAACGUAGGUAAUAAAGAGAAGAAUAAGUCUGAAAGAGUAUUACGUCAAUGCGAUCAGUGUGGAAAAUCGUAUCCCCCAGGGUAUAUAAGAAUCCACAUGUUGACCCAUAGCAGUGAACGUGCAUACAGCUGUAAAUACUGUCCAAAAAAAUUCAAAGUUCCUGGUGGACUUCAUUCCCAUGUGCUUUGGAAUCACAAGAGAACGAGAAACCAUAAAUGUGAAGUGUGCAACGCUACGUUUAUAUCGUCAAGUUCUAAGAGUUCUCAUAUACGGAAGAAUCAUUUGAAGGAGAAGAAAUAUGGGUGUGACACUUGCGGGAAACGGUUCUUUUCGAAGUCUGAGCUGCAGAGACAUUCUCUAACCCACACUGGGGUGAAGAACUUCCAUUGCCACUUAUGUGAUAAGUCGUACCAGACGAGGUACGGAUUGAAUGUUCAUUUGAAGUCACAUUCGCAAAUGAGUAUGAAUGUGCUGAAUUUGUGA